CCUCUCGUCGUAUACCAGACCUCUUCGCUUAAAUACUCGCCGCAGAACAAUGAUCACCGCAACGAUCCACGGCGAGCGAUUCCUAGCAGAUAGGUCUGCUCCUCUGUGCGGUAUGGAUGUAGGCAAGUCAUUUGCUCAACUCAGCCUCAAGGAGAAGUUCUACACGCAUUAUUUAACCGAAGCUUCUUGGGCGGGUGCAAGAAUUAUCCAGGCUCAGUGGACCGCGCAGGCAACAGAUUUAUAUGAUCUGUUGAUCCUUACGUUCAGUACAAAUGGAAAGCUCGCCGACUUGGAUGUGCUCAAGAAAUCGUCAGAUCUUUCGGAGGACGACUGGGAGGCUUUGAUCCAGUAUACGGUCCAAGUCUUGAGCAAUCUCGUCAACUACAAGACGUUCGGAUUUACGAAGAUCAUUCCCCGCAUCGAUUCCGACAAGUUUGAGGCAGUAGUCAAAGUCUCCAGUAACGCAGACCAAGCGUCAGCUCUAUUCGCUAAGCUGAAACACCACAUAUAUGCACUUUCUCCAGAGUCGGCGCUAUUCAUUGGCAAAAGGAAGGAUGGUCACGUAUCAAAUUACUAUCUCGGCGAACCUGUCGGAGAUGUUGAAGUCGGUGCUAUUCAAAGUGCUGCUGAGAAGCUGGGUAUUGAUAUCCUUAAUACUCGGGUAAAGAAGAAUGGCGCGGGCGAUUACACGCUUUUGGUUGCGUCUGCAAAAGCCAUCCCCCCUACUGUGCAUGACUUUCAAAUGGGUUCAACCCCGGCCAAAUUGACCGUUGAGUAUGGUGACUACGCGUCGUCACUAACGAAGGUCGUCGGCGCCCUUCAAGAGGCCAAAAAAUAUACCGCGAACAAUCAUCAAUCGGCAAUGAUUGAGGGCUAUAUCAAAUCCUUCGAAUCGGGAUCAAUCCCAGAACACAAAGCUGCGUCAACGGAGUGGGUGAAAGACGUUGGACCUGUUGUCGAGUCUUAUAUUGGGUUCGUCGAAACUUAUGUUGAUCCAUAUGGUGGACGCGCGGAGUGGGAGGGUUUCACUGCCAUCGUCAACAAGCAGCUGAGUGCGAAAUACGAAGCAUUGGUCAACGGGGCUCCUGAAUUGAUCAAGAGUCUCCCUUGGGGAACGGACUUUGAGGUAGACGUCUUCAGGAAGCCGGACUUUACCGCUUUAGAGGUUGUAUCAUUUGCAACAGGAGGCAUUCCUGCCGGAAUUAAUAUACCAAACUAUUACGAAGUCCGGGAAAGUACGGGGUUUAAGAAUGUUUCGCUUGCGAACAUUUUGGCGGCCAAGGCACCCAACGAGGAGCUGACGUUCAUCCAUCCGGACGACGUAGAACUAUACAACACUUGGGAUAGCCGUGCGUUUGAACUCCAGGUGGCUAACCACGAACUUUUAGGCCACGGGUCCGGCAAACUUUUCCAAGAAAGUGCUGAUGGGAAACGUAACUUUGAUCCCGAAAAGAUCAUAAACCCUUUGACUGGAAAACCGAUAACUUCAUGGUAUAAGCCGGGGCAGACGCCGGACUCUGUUUUGGGCGAAGUGUCCUCGUCGAUGGAAGAAUGUCGAGCGGAGACUGUAGCGCUUUACUUGGUUAGCAACCUUGAUAUCCUUAAGAUCUUCAACUACGUCGACAAGCAAGAAAUUGAAGAUAUCCAGUACAUCACGUUCUUGCUCAUGGCCCGGGCUGGUCUGCGGGCCCUAGAGUUCUAUGAUCCAUCGACAAAGAAGCACGGACAAGCACAUAUGCAAGCCAGAAUGGGGAUAACCCAAUACCUGAUUCGAGCUGGCAUUGCAAGACUUGAACUAAUCACGGACGUUAGCGGUGAACUCGAGAACGUCUAUGUCCGGGUCGACCGGGAACAAGUGUUGUCCAAAGGAAAGGAGGUCGUUGGUCAAUUGCUGGUGGAAUUACAAGUCCGGAAAAGUACCGCAGAUGGUGCCGGUUCCCGAGACUUCUACAAGACGCUGACAGAACCUAUCUCUGGAUGGGAGGGCAAGAUCCGAGACAUCGUUUUGAAGAAGAAGCUUCCUCGAAAGAUCUUUGUCCAGCCAAAUAUGUUUGUCGUCGACGGCGAAGUGCAGCUAAAAGAAUACCCUUUGACGGCUGCUGGUGUAAUUGAAAGUUUCAUCGAGAGACGACUGUGAUGUCAGGGCCGAUUCUGAAUUGAUUGGCCAACUCAGAAUGAUGUAAAUUGUAUGUUGUAGAUAAGAUAAGAU